AUGGCCCCAACCAACACCUCGCCCAACGCAUCCAACCGUUCUUCAGCUGGCUUUCCCCCAUCCACGACCGUCCAGAUCAAGAAUAUCCCAAACCAUAUCGAAGUCGGGGAAAUCAUCUCGCUCUUUAAAUCGCUCAUAGGCGAGAUUCGCCACUUUCAAGAAUCGAGCUCCGACUGUCGAACCUCGCUGGAUAUUUCCUUCUAUCACCGCGACCUCGCCACGAAAGCAUUGUGUCUGAACGGUUAUUCCAUCGGUGGUUGCAGUCUUGAGGUUACUCCCCUGGGCUCCCCUCCGACUCGCCCAAGGCGUUCUUUGGACGACCGUCGCAAUCUUUACGUUCUCGGACUCCCGUUCGCCUUGACCAAGACGGAAUUCAGCAAUUUAUUUUCGCGAUACGGAACUGUCGUGCACUGUGUUAUCCUGGCCACUGUCGAUAAUUCCUCCAGGCGACGUGGUUUUGUUGUCAUGUCGAGCCAUGAAGAGGCCAAACGCGCCUUGACGGGCCUUACCCGUGCUCAGAUCAAAGGACAUACCAUUGACGUCUCCUGGGCAGUAGUUCAACGUUCCCAAGGUUUUCUGGAUGGUGGCGACAGAGCUAUGUUAUUGGAACCAAGGCCUUCCCAUCUGUCUAACGUGGAUUAUCGUGACCGACACAACUAUUCGUCUUCGGGCUCUGAUACCUCUGAAUAUUCAUCCACUCCACCUGGCUCGAAUUCUGGCGCCAUCGUCAAUAGCCCUAUACCCACAACGGCCCUGCUGAUUACCAACCUCCCUGCUUUGCUGUUCUCUCAGGCUCAGGAUUUACACCCCCUUCUCUGUCCCUUCGGCAGGAUCGAACGAAUGCACACAGUCCCUAUCCAUGGUUCUGAGACCGUAUCUGCCGUGGUCCAAUAUGCAUCCUCGGAGUCUGCGAUCGAAGCUAGGAACACUUUGAACGGACAAACGUAUGAUACUCACCGCCCAGUCGAGGUCCACUUUGUACAUCCAUCCUUUGGCGACAAUGCCGGAAAUCUCAGACUCUCUGCUGGAACGGCCUUAGAUACCCGCUUCGACGCUUUUCCUUCGUAUACCGCUUCUCGGGCACCGUCACCCUUUUUUGGCUCCACCGGUAGGGACAACCACGAAGAUCACUUCCAUCGUGAGGCACUGCGUUCCACUCCAGCCCCAUAUGCCCAAGGAUAUAAAGAACGGUACGAAGAAAGGCAUGCAUCAUCCAGAUCCUCACGAGCUGGCUCCCCUCGAAACGCAUUCCAACCGCAACAAUCUCGCCGUGUCCAAGGAGGCUUCAAUCCAACAUUCUGA